GCUUUCUCCUCCCCUCUCCAUCUUCCUGACCCUUCUACGCGUUCUUCGCCUGGACAUGCUGUGUUCUCUUCCACUUUAACAGCAUACAUGGCGCCAUCCCCUUCCGUACAGACCCCUACUGUCCGUGGUCGCGGCAGAGGUCGUCCUAGACUUCGUGCCCGCGGUAGCUCAAUACUAUCUUCUCGAACGCGCCCACCUUCGGCGAGCAGUGAGAGUAGAACUCCGACUGGGAGGAGGAGGCCAACAUAUCAGAAUGGCUAUAGGCCCGGAGGCGCAGGGGGUGGCGGAAGGUACAUGAACCCCGCUACCGGGGAGGUUAUAACGGCCAACGAGUGGAAUGCCGCUAGAGGAGGUCCUGUUGCACGAACACGAAGGGUGCCUGCACGAGCAUCAGCAACGCCGGCAGUUCCGGCUUCUGUCACCGGGGCCGACAUCAAGCCGCGAGAAGAACGAAGCUACACCGAGUUCCAUAUCGAUUUAGAUAUCAAUCGCCCGCUUAAUGUCUACUCGGCCGAGGUGAUUGAUGGCGAGAAGCCUGCAAAGGCUGCGGAUGUGCAAGAGAAGUCGGAGCUUCCUCAAGAGGGUCAGGGAAACGGGUCUAUGUAUAGUGCGGGGGUCCCUAUUCUACCCGGGCCGUGGCCACCUACCGUUGACAGUGGAGUCUUCUGUACUGGGGGCGAUAUCAGUAUGGAAGAUGCCAGCAUCUCAGGCUCUUUUGAGAAACACUUGCAACCCCUUCCCAUGAUAGCUAUUGAUCCGGCGCUUGCCGCUCUAACCCCUCCCCCGCCCCCCUCUAAUACGAGCAUUGACACUCCGUCUAUCCCAACUGAUCCGGCACUUGUGGAAGUCACGCAUGGCGCCCCGCAAACACCGGCAGUGACGCCUACCGAAGAGCUUGCUUCGGCUUCGGGGCAAAAAUUAAAUUCACGGCUUACGCCAUCUUUCUACGGCCCCUCUAGGGGUGGCAAAGAUGGGCAAACACUUGCCUCCCUCCGUGCCCACCGAUCAACUACUGGGAGGCCUUCACGGAAAUCUUACGCCCCACCAUCCGCUGGGCGGGGCUCUAGAAUGAAGACCAACAUUCAAGAUCCGCCUGACCUACCAAAAACGGAGCUCAAGAAACCUGAGUAUCGGAAAAUUACACCAUUUCAAUUUUCCGAGGCAGCCUGGUUGACGCCCAUUGGGAGCACGGGACCCCAAGGGUUGAACAAUCCUCCCAAUCGCUCUGGAUCAAACGUUGAUAGCGCAAUGAUCGCUCUAGGAUACCAGGAGACCUCGCGUUUCGAACGCCCACGUACACUUGUUCGAGACCGCCCAGACACCCUGAUUGACGACCAGCUACAGUCAGUUGAAGUAGUCGAGAAGGUGGAGUACGACAUGGAUGAGCAAGAUAACAAAUGGCUCACUACAUACAAUAGUCAUAGGAGGAUGAGGGAUGUUCAGCCCAUCACCAGGGAGAUGUUUGAAGUCGCUAUGACUAAGAUAGAGAAGGAGUGGGUAACUUUGGAGAGAAGGAUACCUAAGACCGUUGCAAAACCCCAUGGCUCUACCUACGGAAACCGGCGGAGAAGCUCAGGAAAUGACGGCGACGAGGACGGGGGCGAAGAUAGUAAAUGUGUUAUCUGCGAUGAUGGCGAAUGUGAAAACUCUAACGCCAUCGUCUUCUGUGACGGGUGCAAUUUAGCAGUUCACCAAGAGUGCUACGGAGUGCCACAUAUUCCGGAAGGUCAGUGGCUUUGCCGCAAAUGCUUAGCUAUACCCAAUAAAACAGCUGUAUGUGCACUCAAUCUUUUGCAGUUAACUUUUACUAACCAUAAGAAUCACAGAACUGCAUAUUCUGUCCAAACACAGACGGGGCCUUUAAACAGACAACCAACACCAAGUGGGCACAUUUGCUAUGCGCGAUAUGGAUUCCUGAGGUUAUUCUGGGUAACACGUCGUAUAUGGAGCCAGUUGAUGGAAUGGACUCGGUGCCAAAAUCAAGAUGGAAGCUGGUCAGCUGUCACAAUCCGAGUUUCAUGGGGAGAUCUCUAACAUUCAAUAGAGCUGUUACAUCUGUAAGCAAAAAAUGGGAGCUUGCAUCCAAUGCAGUAAUAAAAAUUGCUUUAUUGCAUUUCAUGUUACUUGUGGCCGCAGAGCGAGGCUUUCCAUGAAAAUGAAGAAUAGUUUGGGAACGGGAGCACUUAUGGAAACUUCGGCUCUUAAGGCAUAUUGCGAUAAGCAUGUACCUGAGCAAUGGAGGAGGGACAAUGACGUAUGUUGUCAAUCUAUUUCUCGUGAUAUUUUCGGUGAGAAUCUAAUAUUGUACCGUGCAGGUGGAUACUGCUGUGGCCGAUGCGAUGGACUUUUAUGCUAGUACAAUGACUGGCACGCAGUGGGGUGAUAGCCAGUCCGCUGCGAUGGCUGGGCCUGACCAUGGCCUACGCAACGGCGUAUUACGAAACGGAAACCUUCCGCGGGUUACCUUAACUUUUGGGAACAAACGGAAACGCAGCCAAGACCCCAAAUCGACGUGGAAACUUUCCUCGGGUGCUCCAGUUAUACCUCGAGUGAUCCACGACCGGGUAGUCAAAUUCAUUUGCCGGUUUGAAGUUGUUGAGGUCGCAGAAUUUGUUGCAAGUGCCUGCAAAUACUGGACCCUGAAACGUGAAUCUCGGCGCGGCGCAAGCCUUGUGAAGAGCCUUCAAGCUUCAAUCAACAGCUUUACAUCUGCAGAGGUGGUCAAAAAGAAGUAUUCUGGCGCCGGAUUCAAACAAGGCACGAUGGAUCUCGAGAAACGCAAAGAAUUCGCUCAUGGCCGUGUUUCUGAAUUGGAGCGUUUGAGGGAGAUAUUCGAGCAAAAGCAGGAAAAGGAAAACAAGAACACCGAAACGACUAAUUUUAUGGAGGCGUAUACGGACUUGAACUACUUUCCUGAGCUUCCACUCAUUAGGAAUGUCUUUGAAAUUGCUAGGAGGUAAGUCUUCGCGCAUUUGCAGAUUAAAUGCUUGAAGUGGCUUUUGCCCCUCUCGGAGUUGUCUGCUGACAACAGUUUAUGAUACAGUCUCGAUCCGAAUCAUGUUUUCAUCAAUGGAUUUUCGCUGAUCGAAGAGCGAAUAGAAAACCGCUUGUAUCCUAACGUGGGUGCAUUUGCGUGCGAUCUCUUGUCUGUUCUUAAAUCGCCGCCUUCGCAACCGGUUCUGGAGUACAAGAUUGUUUACCGAUAUCAACUGGGAUCAGGCUUGAUACACUCAUCGCCAAAAGACGAUUUACAGGGUACAACGGUUGCGUCGCUGAUUUUGCCGCACGUCCUCCCACUUCUAGAAGAUGUCAGAAGGUCUGAAUUAGAGAUACGAACCCGUCCCCCUCCUAUAGAGAUAAUUGGGGGCGAUGUUAUCGACAUGAAACCCAUUGGUACCUACGAUGGCAUGAACGGAGAAACUUUCUCAUCAAUGGAAAACAACAAUGCGCUGGCCCCACAUAUACAGUUACAAGAUUCCUCCGUUGUCUUACCACCGUUGAACAUCGAUCAGGAGCUCGGGGUUCAUUGGGACAAUGGAAGGCCGCCGUGGUAUCUUAAAGACCUUGCUCCUGUCGGGCUUCGGGUAGAAGCGGAAGUAUGGAGCCCGCCGAGUGAAGAUUAUGAUGAUGAAUGUGACCUGAACGGGAAUCCAGCUAGGGCACAUUCUUCAGUGCCCCCGCUGGAAUCUCAUUUGUCUCUUUCGAUGUCGGGGUGGGGUCAAAGAAUCGCUCAGGCAAUCGGUCAAGCACCACGGGGAAGCGCUACCGAUCCCCGGGCGCCGAUGCUAGAUAGCAGAGUAGAAUUGGUUCCUAAGCCUGAGCGAAAUCCCGGCGAAAACGACUCCCUAAUGGAUGGAUUUCGGGCUGUAGACCUUCCCUCGCCUCUCCGUACGAUUGACGAAGGUGCUGCUCCCGGAAGAGACCAUACACUUCCGAGCAUUGGUAGCAGAAUGGGCAUUCCGGGGCCGCCACCCAAUCUUCUGGCAGCUGUUCUAACUGAUACCCCCACCCAAAAUGGCACCUCCGCCUCAGCUAGCCGCCCAGAAUAUCCGCCCAUGGAAAUCGAUUCAUCUAGACUCGGCGAACCCAGCAGCACUCAACCAGUGGCUGGCAUAAACGGUACGUUGGCGCCCCCACCAGCGGCUUCAGUGGCUCCAGUGGCUACGACCGGGCGGAAGAGCAGGAAAGGCAUGAUUUUUCCUAGGCAGAGUAAUGGUCGGUUCGGGACCACAAAGGGAGCUGCCGGCGCUAGUGGUGCUAAGAAGGCCCGCAAGAAGAAAUGGUAGACGAUGCUCCUGUAAUAUGGGGUUGUUGGGGUAUCUGUGUUUCCAAAUAUCUGUAUUAUUAGAUGACUUGCUUUUAAUCUGAUGAGGUCUGGUUGUUCACUUGACACCUCCUUUUCCUUCCCUCCUUACUCCUUCCUUUCUUUCCACCCUACUGCUUCUUAACUACUACUGUAUUCUUCUUCAAACCUACUUUACUUGCCACUUCAAUUGUUUUCCAUGCUUUUUCUUUGCCCUUUUCUUUGCUUCUUUCAUUAUCGUGGGAAUUCUGGAAUUGAUAGUUUGUUACCGGGGUUUAGGGUCGGGUCGGAUAGUACUCGCUUUUUUUUCCUUCUUUCCUUCUCGUUUCCUUUUUAACUUGCUUUCAUUCCUUGCAUGUUUUGGAAGGCGAUGUAGUGCGCGCAGUGUAGUUUUAAAGUUAAAGGUACAUUUCUGAAAGGAU